CAACGGAGGUUUUUUCGCCUUCUCCAUCGGUAACUGCGCCAUUGGCCGGCGUACCUGCCUUGCCCUCUUCUAAGCCCUCUUCAACUUAAAGUUCAGAGACGGGAGCGUCUCAUCACCGACGAGCCCCCAGUCUUGAAGGUCCCCCACGUUCAUGAACAUGAAGAGCGGUUCUCUGCUGCCCAAAGCCCAGCAACGCGCCCCCGUUCCGUGGGCAUCGUCAUCUUCCAAGCGUGAUGGCGGCAGUACGACUGAGAGCGAGGCCACCGCUGCCGUGCGCAAGGUGACCGAUGAAGAUUCAAUUUGCUGAUGUGCGUCUCUUUUCUGGUAAAUGGCAGGCCAUUCGGACGCAAGGGUGGUCGGGGAUUGCCCUGGUAAGCCAACGGAGGCAGCCUCGCCGUACACAGCCUUGUUCCCCUUGUUUGCCAUCUGUGUGUGUGCAGCCUCGAGAGCUUCACAUUGGCGUGUACGAGUUUGUCAAUCCCGUCUGGUGCCUGAAGCCGCCCCUUCCUUCCCCACUGAGUCGGGCCGUCGUUCAGCACCACAGCGAGCUCGUCAUUGACUGCAGCAUCACUCGACAGAGAACAUUCUGGCAGCGGAUGACACCGCAGACGGCAUAUGAGCUCGGCAAACAGAUGAUUAAUCUCAAGUGUCUCAUCCAUCGCUACCCACGCACACCUGACGGAGCACCAGGGGUGACGGCCGGCUGCCAUGUCAGUGCAUUUGGAUGGUGCCUCGGGAUUGUCAUCGGGUUCGUUGAAGGCCAUGUGGUGGGGCGGCGAUUGGCCCGUGAGAAGGAAGGGCCGGCGACCGCCCUGGCGGCCGGCUCACUCAGAUCUCUGAUCUUCGAGCCUGUGGCAAUUCCGAAUUUGGGACGACACGAGGCAGUGCAGCUCGGCACCAUCAAGUCUGCCCCUCCUUCUGCCGCCCCAUCCCACCCCAUCAACCUCCCAGCCCUCACUGAGGUCAACGGCGUCACCCAGGCCCACUUCCUGAUCGAUGGACGAGGGUGGACGACACCAGACCUCAAGCGAUUGUUAUCAUCUGCCUCCAUGAUCGCGCCCAUCAAGACAUUCAUCAAGACGACGAAUUCUCUUACCGACCUGACUGUGCCCUCCAUGCCGCCACCCGAGAUGGCUGAACUACUGGAUUAUAUCCCAUUGGGGCAGCGGGGGAGUCCGGGACCUCUCGCGAACCUUCGAAAGAUUUCUGGCAUCAAACUUUACGAGAUCCUACCGACGGAUGCUUGCAGAGACGGCCUUCAGGCACUGCAUGCAAGAGACAGAGCAGGAAGGGGCACAAAAAGGCGGGCGACAGUGGAUUGUGGAUUCUGGUUUCAGAAGUGUUUGGUGGAUCGCGGCUGCUUCAAGUCUCUCGAUGACUUGUGUUUCAUCGUGGAUCGCAGUGACUGCCACUCGCUUCUCCUCAACGACUACGCGACGUUCAAGGCCCUCGCCUCGCUUAUCGACACGACCUGCUCGCCGUCGGGCAAGGUUACCUUCUGGUUUCGCUCCUCUGGUCAGGAGGUCCGAGACAUUCCGUUGACCCACAUGGUGGCCCACACGAGGUUCGGAAAAGUGCCGAACUGCAGUUCGAUAAUCCUCAAUGCCUUGCUCAAGUGCUACAAUUUGCGAACGAGGCGUCACGACGUCACUGGGGGACCUCUCGAUUCUCCCCAAUUCAUCGAGGGAGCCCCCCCCGCCGCAUACCACUACGUGUGGACGAUUGCGCAAGACCAGGUGGACCGGCCACAAAACGGGCCCAUUGACCUUAGCAUGGACGAUAAGCUCUUGUUUGGAGGCUGCGGGCCCACACGUACGAGCUGCAGCAUAUCCAUCGCCUGUGCGGGGGGAUGGCGACCACCUACUGGCGCCAUCCCACCGGAGCCUCCCGAACUUGAGGCAUUCAGCUCAAUUGGACUCGACGCUGUGAAGACUCUGGUCGUCGAGCACCGAUUGGGCCUGGGAGCAGCAAAAAUGAUGCUGAACAAGUGUUUGCGCCUGGAGAGCCUGGAGCUUAUGGGAAUGAGCGCGUCGGACGCACUGGACCUUUUGUCGUGCGUGCAUGAGGAUAGAAUACCCGAAAAGCUGACUCUGGAGUACUCACAUCAGGAAGGUGGACAACAGCUGAGCGUGUUGACUGUUAAGCAGAGACUUAAGAAGGUCAAGACAUUCCACAUCAAGGGCGCCAGCGAGACAGAGAUACGUCAGGUGCUCGUCAAUGGAUGCCGCGGUGAUGUCAACAGACUGAUUCUGGGUUGA